CUUCUGAAGAAUCGGAAAAUGAAAAUAAUUUUGAAAGUGGCACCACUGAAGUAUCAUCAGAGAAAGAAGAAAAUGAUGGUGUUACUGAGAAGACUUCAGGCGAAUCAGAUUUUGAAAAUAUUACAAAUGAAACACCAUUAGAGGUACAAAUCGAAAAUAGUUCAACUGAAGAACCAUUUAUACCAGAAGGUGAAAGUAGCGUUACGGAAAAACAAUCGGACGAAGAAAAUGAAAGUUUUACUACUGUAAAUCCAUCGGUGAUAGGCGUUACUGAAGCAUCAACAGAAGAAACCCAAGGUGAAAACAUUGGAACUGAAAAAUUUUCUGAUGAGGAAGGAAACAUUGCUACUGAAGCACCGGCCGAAGAAGAAAAUUUUACGACGGAAUCGUUAUCAGUAUUUAACAAUGAAAAUACUAAUACAGAAAAAACUUCUGAAACUGAAGAAAAUGAAGGAAACGCGACCGAACGUCCUUCAGAAACGGUGGGAAAUGAAGAUGUUGGAGCGGAAACACCCAAUGAAGAAGAAGCUGUAACAACGGAAGGAUUUUCAGUGGUUAAUGAUGAGAAUAUUACUACCGAAAAACCUUCAGAAACUGAAGAAAGCGAAGAAAAUUCUACUGAAAGACCUUUAGAAACAGUGGGAAAUGAAGAAAACAUCACUGAAAAAUCUUCGGAUACGGAGGAAAAUGAAAAUAACGGAACCGAAAUACCGAAUGAAGAAGGAACUGCAACAACGGAAGAACUUCCUACUGGGUUUAAUGACGAAAAUGUUACUACCGAAAAACCUUCAGAAACGGAGGAAACAGAAGGAAACGCGACUGAAAUACCCACUGAAGAAGAAAACACUGCAACGGAAGCGUCUUCAGUAUCGGACGAUACCACAACUGAAACACCUUCAGGCACAGAAGAAACCGAAGGAAACGCGACUGAAAUACCCACCGAAGAAGAAAACGCUGCAACGGAAGCACCUUCAGUAUCGGACGAUGAAAAUAUCACAACUGAAGCACCUUCAGACACGGAAGAAAAUGAAGAAACACCAACAACUGAAAUUUCAAAUGACGAAGUUGAUGUCGAUACAUCCACCGAAACAUCCACCGAAACCGAAACUGAAAAUCCAACAUCUGACGACGAAGAAAUAGAAUUAACGAUUCCGGUUAAAAAUUUAACGGUUUCAUCACAAAUCCCGGAUACGAAUGCCGUUCCUGUUACCUCAUGUUCUAGAAAUAAAGAUUGUCGUAACAGUGAAAAAUGCGAAAACGGAAAAUGCGUUAAUCCUUGUUCUGAAUUUUUGUGUCCCGGAAAAUCAGUGUGCCAAGCCAAAUUUCACGUGGCUUUAUGCACAUGUCCAAAGGGAGUUGAUUGUAGUCAAGGUAUUAUAUUGUCCUUUUUUUUUUUUUUAUAA